AUGUAUCAUUACGCCAGUCCACCUCCUGGGUGGUCAUCCCAUUAUAUGACUUCACCUCCAACAUCUCCUCACUACGCAUACUACGCCACCCAGAUCGCCAAUCCUUACGGUUCUCCUCGACCAGCGUCGAAGCGCCAUAGUCGCAAAGCCAGCUAUGCGGGUACUAAAGAAGGAUGGCAACCUGCCGGGUACGGAACGACGUUCUACGAAGCGAUGCCUGAAUACAGCACGCCGCCGCGCAAGCACGAUAAUGUAAGUGCUUUUUUUGGUGGCUCUACGUCCUGUCAUCGUCGCCGCAGUACCAUGGCCAAUGCCCCCGCCGAUCCCUGGGAUAAUGCUAGUCCGCGCCCGUCGCACUCGACCCGGAAACGACCCAUCUUUGUUGAUGUGGUCGACGACGGAUUCGAAGACGCGCCACGAUUCGCCUUCCACGAGGAAGCUAGCCAACCCCGUCGAUUUUCGUCUUCGUCUCCACGCAAACCAAAACCACCCACUGAUUACUCUUGUUAUUCUAAUCAGGUUCCUGUCUAUGAAGACGAUUCACCGAAGCGGUCCCGCGCACGUCGCCAGUCCACCUCCACGCGGAACCCAUCGAAGCCUAAGCCUGCGACAUCAUCUAAGCCGCUUCCCAAGGCAACGGAGGAGGAUGCGGCCAAAGCUGGCAUACCCCCGGGUUAUUCGAUCAAGAACUGGGAUCCUACCGAAACGCCUAUCAUUCUCCUGGGCAGUGUAUUCGAUGCGAACUCUCUAGGCAAGUGGAUCUACGACUGGACGGUCUUCCACCACGGUGCUUCGACCCCGAUGGCGGAUGUUGCGGGUGAGUUGUGGUUGUUGUUGAUAAAGUUGGCCGGUAAGAUCAAGAGGGCCGAUGAGUGUGUGGAUCGGAUCAAGCAUACCGAUGCCCACGAAGUGGUGGAGGAUUUUUUGGAGAGUGGGGAGCGCUUGUGGGCGCGGUUUAAGAAGUUGCUGAAAACCUGCGAACAGUUUAUGUGGAAAGCGGCCAAGCGAGAAGGUGGUAAGGGCAGCGUGUCGAUGGGCCGCAAUGCAGGGUGUGAAUUUGUCGAGACGAUAUUCGGUCGCGACCGCGAAUUGGAGAGCACGGAGAAAUUGAUGAAUAGCAUUCGUCUAUGGAACAUGCGUUUUGACGCCAACUGCGAGGACAUUCUUCGACGACCGUCGGCUUAG